AUGGGCGAAAUGAUGAAUCGCGUGUGGAAUGCAGAACUGUUUAAACGUACAUGUUCUUCGCUCAUUUCUGAACUAUCGCUUCUUCCCGGUACGAUCGGUGGAAUGGAGCGUUUCAGGAUGUCCCUAUGUUUGACGUUCUUUUACAAGUUUUAUUUGGCCGUCACUCAAAACAUCUGCAGAGAGCUGAAUAUACCAUGCUCUAGUGAGGACAUCACCGCUGAAGCGCAGAGGACUCAUCGCAUGCUGGCGACGCAAUUUUUCGAGGAAGAACCUAUAGAAACGUGCUCAAACGACAAAGUGGGUAAAGCGAUCAAUCACCUUGCUGCCGGCCUUCAGGUUUCCGGUGAAGCUACUUACUGUGACGACUUGGACACAUCAAAUGCCUUGCAUAUGGCUUUCGUGCUGAGCCGCAGAGCUCAUGCUAAAGUGAUAUGGGUUGACACCAAGGAGGCACUCUCCGUUGAUGGAGUUGUUGCUUACGUGGAUCAUCAUGACAUACCGUCGGAUGGAAGUAAUUUGUUUGGCGUUGCAGGUGACCAGCUAGUAUUUGCGGUGGACGAGGUUGUCGUGUUCUUCGGCCAGAUUAUAGGGGCUAUCGUUGCCUCUGAUCGCGGCAUCGCCAAAAGGGCAUGCACAUUAGUGAAAGUGACUUACGAAAACCUGCCUGUCAUCCUCACGGUCGAGAACGCCAUCGAAAACAAUUCUUUCCUCGAAGGAGGAAAUCGUGUUUGUCGUGGCAGAGUUGCUCCGGCAUUCUCACAGUCUGACUUCACAUUGGAAGGUGAGGUGAAAAUUGGUGGCCAAGAACACUUUUACUUUGAAACCCAGAGUUGCAUCGUCACUCCAUGCGAGAACGAUGAGCUUGAGGUUGUAAGCUCAACUCAGAAUGCCUCAGAGAUGCAGGUGAUGAUUUCGAAAAUACUCGCUAUUGCUCAGCACAAAAUCUCCGUAAAAGUGAAACGGAUUGGAGGUGGCUUCGGUGGUAAAGAAACCAGCUCUCUGGUUGUUGCCUUGCCGGUUGCCGUUGCGGCUCGAAAGUUGAUGCGGCCUGUUAGCUGCGUCCUCGAGCGUUUCGACGACAUGGUAAUGACCGGAACGAGACAUCCGUGUCUGGGCAGAUAUAAGAUGGGCUUCGAAGCAACAGGAAAGUUUUCCGCCUAUAACCUGCAGUUUUUCGCUAACUGCGGGUCCUGGUAUGAUCUCUCUUGCGGUGUGACGAAUCGCGCCCUCAUGCACAGCGACAACUGUUACAAUUUUCCUAACUUCUACACUAGUACUAAACUGUGUAGAACCAACUUCCAACCAUGUACAGCUUUUCGUGGUUUCGGGGCACCGCAGGCGAUGUUCAUGCUCGAACAUUGCAUCACGGACGUUGCAUACACUCUGAACAUUCGGCCAGAAAAGGUACGAAAAAUAAACUUGUACGACGAAGGUGAUCGUACGCCUUGGGGAGAAGCGAUGAAGAAGUGCAAAAUCAGAAGCUGUUGGACAGAGUGCAUGAAUAUGAGCAAAUUUCAUGAUCGAAUUAAUGACGUUGAAAAUUUCAACAGAAACCACAUAUCGAAGAAGCGGGGAAUAUGCGUCAUCCCAACGAAGUUUGGUAUUGCUUUCGGCGUAAAAUUUAUGAACCAGGCUGGAGCACAAGUCAAUAUUUACUUGGACGGUUCGGUGAUCAUUAAUCAUGGAGGAAUUGAGAUGGGCCAAGGUCUCCAUACUAAAAUAGUUCAGAUCGCCACACGCGUGCUAAACGUUCCGCCGGAAAUGAUUCAUAUAAAGGAAACGUCUACCCUCACUGUUCCAAAUACCAGCCCCUCAGCAGCUAGCGCUAGCUCUGAUUUGAACGGCAUGGCUGUGAAGAAUGCAUGUGAAGUGCUGGUGGAACGUCUUCGUUUUUACAUGGAAAAGGAUCCGAACAAUUGUUGGUCAAGUUGGGUUCAAGCUGCAUAUGAAGACCGCGUCAGUUUGUCAGCUAGCGGAUUCUACAAGUACGAUUUUGAUGGAUACGACUAUGAAAAGCAGAUCGGUAGCCCCUUUCACUAUUAUGUAUAUGGAGUAGCUUGUACGGAAGUUGAAAUCGACUGCCUAACUGGCAGUCACGAAGUUAUCAGAACGGAUAUCGUCAUGGAUAUCGGAAGAAGUCUGAAUCCGGCUGUGGAUAUUGGUCAGAUCGAAGGAGCGUUUAUUCAGGGUUACGGCUUGUGUACAAUGGAGGAAAUUAAAGUUUCGCCCACAGGAGUCGUGUAUACUCGAGGUCCUGGCACUUACAAAAUACCAUCUGCCGCAGACAUUCCACAACAAUUUAACGUUAAACUGUUGAAGAACUCGGACAACGACUUUGCGAUUUAUUCGUCCAAGGCCGUUGGAGAACCGCCGCUUUUCUUGGGUCUUUCCGUGUAUUUUGCUAUCAAGGACGCAAUCAGGUGCGCACGUGAGCAAGAAGGCUUAACAGGGCCAUUUCGAUUGGACAGUCCUGCCUCGUGUGAGCGCAUUAGACUGGCCUGCACCGACAAGCUUCUCGAAAUGGUAUUGUUGUUUGCUGUGUGUCUUCAAGUUGAUCAAUGA